AUGACCCGAUUGCGUUUCGUGGAGGCAGAGAUAAAUGUACUCAAAGAGGAGAGCUACCUUCGCUGUGCUUUGAUAUUCACGGCCAAAUGCUUAGAAUGUGAUGAUGAAUUCAUUGUCGAACGUGAUUCGAAGAAUUGGUGUCGGAAGUGCUGCAUCGAACACGGUAACUUACGGAAUAUUCGGUACUCUUACCGGAUUUUGAUGCCAGCAGUAUACACACGUAGAAAUGGACAGAAAGCGCAGUUGAUCUUAGCAAUCGCCAGCCAUAUAUGGACCGCAGUGCCGGGUAGUACGGCAUCAAUGUCAGAGGAAAGUAUGAUGGAACUGUAUUCGGAGCACAACAUAUCGGCUUACGUGAAGAAGCUCAACAAGGUUUUACGAUUUUCUGAAGCUGUCAUGACAAAGAGGAAGGUCUCGCAUAUACAUGGAAAGAUCGUACAGCUUGAUCGAGAGACUGGAUCUAUUGGUCUUUUCGUUGAUCACUGCAUGCUUACCGAUAGGGGCAGGAACAACGGGAUCGUGUAUUGA